AUCUGUGAGGCUAACGAAUGUUCCGCCUCACGUCACACACGGAGUUGUUUUUUCGAAGGACCUAGGAAGUAUGUCCGCUACAAAGUGUGACUGAAAGGUUUCAGCCAUUGGUUUUGCCUCAUUUAAUUUUGAUGAACUGCCCACUAGUUCAUGACAUAGUGAAACAUGGCGACACAGAGCUACGUUUCUUGCGUCUUAUGCCAGCGGGCAAGCGUCGUUAGGAAGAUAGCGACGAUAAGGAGGUUGAGCGUAGCUGCAAACCCGCAGUCCAAACCGGAUUUCCUCAAAGGAGAACCACACAAACGACAUCCAGGAGUGACCCACCUCAAAACACUCCGCCUGCCUGAGGAACUCCUGAUGGCUGCCCGCUCAAUUAUCCACAGGGCUCAGGUGCCACAGCUUCCUGACCGCGCUCGCAAGUUGACCAACUUCCUGUGGAGCCGGAAGCGAGCUACAGAGGACUCAACCUUGAGGAAGAAGGCAUUGAGUCUGGAGAAGGAACUAUGGGAGAAGGCCAUGGAAAAAGGAGGAGCAGAUUUAGAUGAGCAAGGCAUAGCUGACCGCAUACACAGGAGGGUGUUCUCUGAGCUCCGGCGGACAUUUUAUCACUGGACUCCUUUGAAGUAUGACGAGGAGCUUGGUGUGGUUUAUAUGGCAGCCAAGUUGGCUGGAGGGUACGCUGCUGUGAGGAGGGCUCUCAAUGAGAUAAAGAAGCGUGAUCCCACCUUUGCUCCUAGGUCCCUCCUAGAUUUUGGGUCUGGGUUGGGAACGGUGGCCUGGGCAUCCCACGCUUGCUGGUCUGAUACACUGAAUGAGCUGGUCUGUGUGGACAGCUCCGGACCCAUGAACAUUCUGGCAGAACGGCUUCUUAAAGGUGACGAUGAACAUGCUGAAACUCACAUCAAGCACAUCUACUUCAGGCAGUUCCUUCCUGUUUCCCCCAAGGUGCAGUUUGACUUGGUGACGUCGGCCUUCACGUUGUCGGAAAUUCCCAGCGCACCUGAGCGGCAGGAGGCAGUUCUUACGCUGUGGAGAAAGACUGCCACCUACCUGCUAUUGGUGGAAAACGGCACAAAAGAAGGUCAUCAAAUGCUAAUGGAGGCUCGAGAUACUCUUUUACAAAACAAAGACAAAGCCGUCUAUGACACUAGAGAGGCGUCAUUGUUUGCUCCGUGCCCUCACGAAGCCACAUGUCCCAAACUCAUGCUUGCAUCUGUCGUGCCUUGUAACUUCCAGCAGAUGUAUAUGCCACUAUAUGGGCACAACAGUCAGUCAGAAAAGUUCAGCUACCUGAUUAUGACCCGAGAGCGGCGGCAGCCCCCAGAGGCUGAUGCGCAGGUGGUCUGGUCUCGGCUGAUAGCGACCCCGCAGGCCAGGACGAGACACGUGCACUGCCGCCUGUGUUGCCCCAAUGGUCACCUGGAGCACUUGGUGGUGACCACCCACAAACAUGGACGAGAUGUGUAUCGCUGCGCCCGUAACAGUGCAUGGGGUGAUCAACUUCCUCUGGUUCAGCACACCGAUGACCAAAAUGAUGAGGAAACAACAUGCUAAUAAAGAUCCAGCAACAUCCUGCUCAAAAAA